GGAAACGCCAAUCUGCAUUAGCAGUCUAAUGCCCUGAGCACCCUCGCCGAGGUGCUCCAGGUGCCCCCCUCAGUCGGCAAGCUCGUCUUAAGCUCGCACUUUCUCUGCUCGAGGACGCUUUGAACACAAACUAUUCGACCGCUCCGCCACUCAACAACUUCCGAUUAAAAGCCGGCAUCAUUUAAAAUCAUAAUCAGUUGAUGUCAACGCGCGAAGAGAUACAACAUGAAAGUGUGAAGUGAUACUGUGUCGAGUGGAAAUUAAGGAAAUACAAGAAAUGUCCAGGAAGAGUCCCGAAGAGGACGUCGUCUCCACCGCCAUCGGGGAGUUCGGCCGGUGGCAGCUCCUCAUGACCUUCCUCCUCUCCCUGUUCAACAUCCCCUGCACGUGGCACAUUUUCGUGCCCACCUUCCACGCCGCCGAGCGGGAGACCUGGUGCUCCAGGCCGAAGGCGUUCCAGGACGUGGCGCCCUCCCUGUGGAGGAAUUUCACGCAACCGGAGGGUUUUUGCAAAAUCUACGACCUGGCCAAUGUGACUGAGGCCGACUUGCCGCGUUUGGCCCAAAUGGGGAGGAAGCUGGUGCCGUGCAAGGAAUGGGAGUUUGGAGGGGAAGGCAGCACCCUGACUUCCGAAUUCGACCUCGUCUGCGACCGCAAGACCCUCAACAACAUCGCCGAAAUGAUGUUCCUGGGCGGCGUCGCAAUCGGCGGCUUGGUCUGCGGCAUCCUCUCGGACAAGUACGGCCGAAAGAAAACCCUCAUGGCUUCAGUCCUCCUCCAAACCAUCCUCGGAGUCAUCAUCGCGUUCGCUCCCUGGUUCGAAAUGUAUUUCAUCCUGCGCGCGGCCUUGGGUUUUAUCUCAGUUUCCGUCGUAUUCAGUGGAUUCGUUUUAUCAAUCGAGCUCGUUGGAGGAAACUGGAGAACUGUAGCCGGGAUAUCAUACCUGUUUCCGGUUUCUCUGAGCUACAUCACCAUUGCCGGCAUGGGGUAUCUGCUAAGGGACUGGCGCGAGUUGCAACUGGCCAUUUCGCUGCCCGGAUGCGUUUUUUUGAUACUUUGGUGGGUUCUCCCGGAAUCGCCAAGGUGGCUCCUAGCCAUGGGGCGCACCAACGAAGUUAUGACGAUUCUACAAAGGGCCUCAAACUGGAAUAAAAAGGAACUGCCGAUAAACAUCGACAAACAACUUUUGCCAUGCGAGAGUGACUCUGAAACUGAACCCGUCAGCGUCAUGGAUUUGUUCAAAACGAGGCAAAUGCGCAAAAAAACACUCCUACUGUUUGUGAUAUGGUUCAGUGUUUAUCUGGUCUACUAUGGACUAGUGCUCAAUCUUGGCAACAUCGGAGGCGACUUGUACAUCAAUUCAAUUUUGUCAGGUUCUGUCGAAAUUCCAGCAGUGGCCCUCAGCAUCCUUAUCCUGCUGAAAGGGGGGCGCAGGUGGCCCCUAGCCCUGACCAUGAUCCUGUCCGGGGCUGCAUGUGGUUGUACCAUCCCCAUUGACCUAGCCUCGGACAACCUCCAGUGGGUUAUAACCACCCUAGCCAUGAUGAGCCGUUUUAGCAUAAGUUCAUCAAACGCAAUAAUUCCAGUCUUCACAGCGGAAUUGUACCCAACCAUAAUCAGGAACAUCGGAGUUGGGGCUAGCAAUGUGUCAGCAGGCAUUGCCUUGAUGCUGGUCCCAUAUUUAUGGGAGAUGGCCAAUGUGCACCCAAGUGUCCCAAUGUCAAUACUAGCAGCUUGUGGGAUCAUCGGUGGUGCUUGUGUUUUAUUCCUGCCCGAGACGGGCAGUAAACCUUUGAAGGAUACUCUCGAAGAAGAAGCGAGUGAGAUCAAAAGAAUGAACAAUAAUAGUUAGCUUAUCACGUUCCUAAUUACGUCGUAUUCUAUCAAUUGACGUGUGUAUGAAAUACUUAACGUCGUUAUCAUAAAAAAAUUCUCAAAUGGCGUCGUACUUAAUUUAAAUCUGUAUUAGAUAAACAAGUAGUAUGUACAAAUUAAUUGUACAGAAAGUGUUUACUUCCGCCGGCUGUAUGUUUGUAGCCAUGACAAUACGUAAUUUCUAAAUAAAAAUGUUCAAGUAUUUUUAUGUAAAUAUGUCAGUUGUGUGUGUAUUUAUUGUCGUAGAUACUGCCAGAUGUGAUUACAGUUUUUUUCUAAUUAAAUUACGCCUUGUAUUGUGUCUAAUUAGAAUCACGUUAUUGGUACAAAGUACUUUAGAUAAUUUACUCAUCUAUUUUAUAAACUUAACUUUUUAUAUUGCUUGUAGACGAUAGCUGUAUAUAUGUGAUCUGUGUUAUAUAUUUUGGAAAACCAAAUUUUUGUAGGUUUAAUUUUUUAAUCAAGUGGAAUAAAAAACCAUUAAAUAAAA